GGAGGAUACAGUGUAAGUGAGGAUCAGCGGCGGAGUUACGUGAGUUUUCCCAGCAGUUGAGUCGGCAAAGGGCGCAUGAAAUGAUACAUAAGAAGAGGAAAAUGUGUUCGGCUACAGCGUACUCUGAAGGGAAGCAGAAAACGACCUGAACUGCUACACGUUAGUAAGAUGGAAAAAUGUAUCGCUGUUUAGUGCAGUCAACAGCCUUGGGCAACAAAUAUGGCUUCUUGUGCCUUUUUCAAUAUGCUAUAAAAAUUGAUCUCCCGUGCAACCUAAUGCCGCGGUGGCUCCGGCGAACUUCUGCAAGCCGCGAUAAGUUGAGUUCAAUAAUCGCUCGGUACUUUUGAUCGGGGAAGGAUAUUACAUCCACUUGGCCGUCUGGGGGGGGUGGGGGGGGGAGGUUAGCUGGGAAGCUACGGAACUACAGCGGAUAGCAAUGGAGCCAAAGCACAAAGAGUUGCUAGACCAGUGCCACCAGAACUUAUUGGAGUCCAUAACAGAUGCGGACCGAGUGAUCGAGCUGCUGAUCGUCUCUGGUGCCUUGAGUCAACUCGAUAGGUUCGAACUGGACCAGAACUGCUCGUCCAGCGCCGAGAAAGUCGACCACCUUUUGAAGAUGCUGAUGAACAAGGAGAGCGACCAUUUCCUCGACCUGUGUGUGGCCCUGGAGAAGGCAUACCCUGACCUGUACGCUGCCCUGUUCGGCAACAACGGCGGAGGACCUGUGGACCACUCCACCGGUUCCACGUACAGCGUCCUCUCCACGAUGCCCUCUGACUCGGAAAGCAGCAGUUCCCUCAGCAGCGUCGGAUCGCCUGUUAACGGCGAAGCGUCCUCCCCACCCCCGGCCAUCAACGACAACCGGCACACCGGCGACAACCUGGACACCAUCUUGUUGCAGCUCCGCCAGGUGACCAGGGAACGGGAUGAGCUUCGCAAGCGUCUGGCGUUGGCAUCGCCUGGGACCACCUUCGACGACUGCAGGCCAAAUUCCAAAGCCAGUCAUGACUAUGAGCGUCUGAAAAGUCAGUGCAUGAGGGCAAUGGCAGAUUUGCAGUCUCUCCAGAACCAGCAUACCAAAACACUGAAGAGGUGCGAGGAGGCUGUAAAGGAGGCUGACUUCUACCACAUGCUGCACAGCCGCGUCUUGGGCGACCAGUCGCAGCUGAAGGAGGAGAUGGAAACACUCAGGAGGGACAACACCCAACUUGUUCGAGAGCACAACCACCUGAAACAGAACUGCGAGGAGCUCAAACGACUGCACAGCCAAGACCAGAAAGAGUUGGCAGACCUUCGGCUGCAGCAACAGCAGGUAAUGAGAGAGAAGGGUUCAUCAGAGGUGUUAAAUAAACUGUAUGACACAGCGAUGGACAAGCUGGAGGGCACAAAGAAGGAGUAUGACGCCCUGAGCAAGCGCUACAGCGAGAAGGUGGCUAACCACAACACAGACCUGAGCCGCCUGGAGCAGGCCGAAGAAGAGAACCGGAGGCUGCAGAAGCAGAUGGAUGCUUUGCUCAAACAGCGAGACUCGGCCAUGCACUACCAGCAGCAGUACUCUACCUCAAUGAGGAGGUUUGAUUCAGUGCAGCAGGAGCUGAACAAGUCCUCAGCUCAGAACAAGGAGCUGCAGAGGGAGAUGGAGCGACUGCAGUCGGAGGUGACGCGCUACAAGAACUUGCAGCUGAAGUCGGCCAAGGACUGCGAGAAAUUCAAGGAGGAGAGGGAUUCCGUGUUCAACGAGUAUCGUCUCAUCAUGAGCGAGAGGGACCAGGUGAUCAAGGAGGUGGACAAGCUGCAGACCGAACUGGAGGCUGCAGAGGCCCGGCUGAAAAACACUUCAUCGGAGAGGGUGGUGGCCAGUGAAGAGCUGGAGGCACUCAGACAGGAGUUGAACUCGUCGCUGGUGGACCGUGACAGGGCCAUCUGUGAGAGGAAUGAACUGCUAGAGAAGUACUGCCACGAGGUGAAGGACAAAGCCGAGGCCCAGAAGGAGCUGAGCCAGGCCUGCAAGGACAUCGAGACGGUCCGAGAGGAGAGGGACGUGGCCCGCAAGGAGAGGACAGAGGCCAUCAUUCAAAGGGAUCAGCUGCUCCGAGAGUACUAUCAAGCCAGACAAAAACAAGACUCCGCCACCCUGGACAUGGAACGAGCCAACAAGGAGAUUGAGAUGCUGAGGAAGCAGUACGAGGCCAUGUCCCAGGAACUGAAGGAGGCCACGCAGGAGGCUGAGGUGGCCAAAUGUCGAAGGGACUGGGCCUUCCAAGAGAGGGACAAAAUAGUGGCGGAGAGGGAGAGCAUAAGGACUCUGUGUGAUAACCUGCGGCGAGAAAGGGACCGGGCGGUCAGCGAUCUGGCCGAUGCCCUGCGUAAUUUAGACGAUAUGAGGAAACAGAAGAACGAUACAUUGCGAGAGCUCAAAGAACUGAAGGAGAAAAUGGAGAGCCAGCUGGAGAAGGAGGCCCGGUUCUGUCAGCUAAUGGCCCAUAGCUCUCACGAUUCCGCCAUCGACACGGACUCCCUGGAGUGGGAGACAGAGGUGGUGGAGUUUGAGAAAGACAGGGACGACAUGGAUUUGAAGGCACUUGGGUUUGAUAUUGCUGAAGGGGUAAAUGAUCCAUAUUUACCAGGGGAUUGUGGAAUAUUUGUUACAAGGGUGGACAAAGGAAGUAUCGCAGAUGGAAGGUUAAGAGUGAAUGAUUGGUUGUUGAAGAUCAAUGACAUUGACUUGACCAAUAAGGACAGGAAGCAGGUGGUGAAGGCUGUCCUUAACGGCGGAGGGUUGAUCAACAUGGUGGUACGAAGAAGGAAGUCUCUGGGCGGAAGGCUGGUCACUCCUGUUCACAUCAACCUCGUGGGACACAAAGACAGCGGCAUAGGUCUGGAAAGCGGAGUGUUUGUCACUGCCAUUGUCCAGGGCAGUCCGGCAGCCAGGGAGGGCUCUCUCACAGUUGGAGACAGACUGAUCGCUAUAAAUGGAAUUGCUCUGGAUAACAAGUCUGUGACAGAGUGUGAGGCUCUGUUGAGGAGCUGCAGGGACUCUCUCAGCCUCUCUCUCAUGAAGUUUUUCCCUCACAGCACGUCGGGCCAGAACAUCUUUGAGAGUCUACGCGAGUCAUCGGAGAAAUCCAAUGGACGCAUCCACCUGUCAGAGAUUCACUCCCGGAACAGUCGCAACCUCAAACACAACAGCUCAACACAGACUGACAUCUUCUGUCCUGAUGUGGGAAGCGCUAGCACAAGUAGUAUCUCUGGGGAGAGGAGGAAGGUCAGAGGUGAAUCUGAUGAGGUGUAUGGCGACAUCAGCAAGCCGUUCUCCACAGGUUCCCUCCACGCCACUAGCCUCCGGCCGGCGUCAGACUUGGGAACGGGCCGCUAUGGGCCCAGUGCUUUCCAAGAGUGUUGUCCGUACACAAAGGCGCCUUCCUCUUUGCCCUUUGAACCUGUUUCUCCCUCAGACUGCAUCACAAUGGAAACAACCCUGGAGAAGAAGCACAGUGGGGGCACGUGGCCCAAGAUGAUGGUAGGAGGCAUGUCAGUCGCAUCAGACAACACCAGUCCAGUCACAGCAGCCACCCAACUCUCCAUCUAUAAAUCACCCAAGCAAAGGAAGUCCAUCUUUGACCCAGACACUUUCAAGCGCCCUGAAACACCUUCCUCAAAGAUGGAGUAUAUGGCAGCCAAUCAGAUUGCAGCAGUAGCUGCCGCUGCAGCUUCUCAUUCCCCGCAGCCUUCAAAGACUGAGUCCCUUUCCUCCUCAUCCACCCCUACUCCAACCCCUCCAACCCCACCCACUCGCAGUGACUCCUUUAAAUUCAAACACAAACAUCAAAGCAGCUCUGCCUCUGACUGCACCAUCACCUCAGAUGGCAAGGGAGAGGCUGCCAUCUCCAUGGCAGCAGGAGAGAGCAGGGAGAGGAGCGAGCGAGAAAGAGACCGCAAUGGAAACCACUAUUUCCUGGACGGCAAGGUUCUUACCUCAAGGAAGUCAUGUGACGAGGACAUUGGCCGUACCAGAGGAGAGGAGCCGGAGGUGAAGAGGCCACGCCCAAAAUCUGCCCCCGCCCUUCGACGUAGGAUGACCCCUCAGACCAUCACUCUUCCCACUUUCCAAAGCUACUCUAAUGAUGAGCAUUCACCAGAGCCCAGGGACAUGCUGCGUUCCUCCCCCAGCCGCUCUCAUAGACACAGUGUCGGCUUUGUCCCCACAGUCUACAAUGGCACCCUACCUCCCAAUUCCGCCCACCGGGGACUGUCUCCUUGUCCCGCUGUGACGGCCGUGAUGAGGAAUCCAGUGUACACCGUGCGCAGCCACCGCGUUCAUACCAGCAACUGUCCAUCUGUCGCUUCCCAGAUAUGUCACCAGCACACCCACACCAGCCCACAACACCAGGGUCGAUUGAGCCUGGACCUGAGCCAGCAGAAGCGCACUAGCGACUACUCUGAAUCCUCAUCGUCACGCAGCAGCAGAGCUUCACACGGUACAAACUCACUGCCCUCCAGUGCCCGGCUCGGUUCUUCCAAUAAUGUUCAGUACCGCACAGAGAGGAUCAAAAUCCCUUCCACUCCCCGCUACCCCCGCUCCAUGCUGGGAUCAGACAGAGGCUCCCUCUCACACUCCGAGUGUAGCAGUCCCAGUCUCAUCACACCUCCACAAUCGCCACUCAAUCUGGAGACUUCCUCGUUUGCCAGCAGCCAGUCACAAGGCUCCAUUUCCACUUUACCUCGAAUCUCAGUCAGCCCUGUGCCAAUAGGGGAGCGCAGGAAAGACAGACCGUACUUGGAGGAACCCCGCAAUGUCAUUGUGCACAAAGGUGCAGAGCCUCUGGGCAUCUCCAUUGUCAGCGGGGAGAACGGAGGGAUCUUUGUCUCUAAAGUCACUGGAGGUAGCAUCGCCCACCAGGCAGGAUUGGAGUACGGAGACCAAUUACUGGAGUAUAAUGGUAUCAACUUGCGGAACGCCACGGAGCAGCAAGCUCGUCUCAUCAUCGGCCAGCAGUGUGACACCAUCACCAUCAUGGCCCAGUACAACCCACACAUGUACCAGCUGGGCAACCACUCGCGCUCCAGCUCCCGUCUCGAGCCGGUCAGCGCUCAGUCCACUCCCCAGGGCAGCGGAGCCGCGACUCCCGACAAUCACUCCGCCAUCGACACGCUCAGCGAGCAGGACGAGGGCACGCUCACUCCAUCCUCCAAGCAGACCACGCCCACUACCAGCCCUCACAACUUCAGCAGAAUGCCGUCUGAAGGCAGCAGGAAGGUUGCUGAGCCACGGCUGGUGAUGGUGCGCAGACCUGGCGUGGAAGUGGGGGUCACACUCUGCGGAGGAAACCUGCGGGGGGUCUACAUAGAGAGUCUGGAUGAGGACAGUCCUGCCAGAGGCCCUGAUGGACUUCUUGCUGGGGAUCUUAUCUUAGAGUACAACUCGGUGAAUAUGAAGAAUAAGACGGCAGAAGAGGUGUAUGUUGAGAUGCUGAAGCCUGCGGAGACGGUCACGUUAAAGGUGCAGCAUCGACCGGAUGACUUCAGCAUGGUGAAAGAUGUUCCAGGAGAUGGCUUUUAUAUUCGAGCACUUUACGACCGGGUGGGGGAGGCCGAGGGGGACCUCAGUUUUAAGAAGGAUGACAUCCUGUACGUGGAUGAGUCUUUACCAAAGGGCAGCUUUGGGACCUGGAUGGCCUGGCAGCUAGAUGAGAACGCACAGCAGAUCCAGAGGGGGCAGAUCCCCAGCAAGUACAUGAUGGACCAAGAGUUCUACCGCAGACACAGUGUGACAGAAAUGAAGGAAGACUCAAGUAAGACUCUCUCUGCAGCAGCACGCAGAUCCUUUUUCAGAAGGAAACAGAAACACAAACGCAGCAGCUCCAAAGACAGCAAAGAGAUGGUGGCUCUGGACACCAUCAGCACAGACUCCAUCCCCUUCUUUGACGACUGUGUGAGCCUGGCGUACCAGCGGGUCCAGAAGGUGGAGUGCACCUCUCCCCGACCGGUACUCAUCCUUGGGCCGCUCACUGACCCCGUCAAGGAGAUGCUGGUGAAAGAGUCUCCUGGGAAGUUCUGCAGAUGUGUACUGGAGGUGAUGAAGGCAUCCCAGCAAGCCAUCGAGCGGGGCGUUAAAGACUGCCUCUUCAUCGACUACAAGCGCAGGAGUGGACAUUUUGACGUGACCACUGUUGCUUCCAUAAAGGAAAUAACAGAUAAGGGCUGUCACUGUUUGCUCGACAUCGCCCCGCACGCCAUCGAAAGGCUCCACAGCGUUCACAUUUAUCCAAUUGUCGUCUUCAUCCGCUACAAAAACGCCAAGCAGAUCAAGGAGCAGAAAGAUCCGGUUUAUCUGCGGGACAAAGUAUCUCAAAAACAUUCCAAGGAGCAAUUUGAAAGUGCACAGAAGAUAGAGCAAGAGUACAGCAAAUUCUUCACAGGUAUUGUCCAAGGCGGCACCCUCCCGUACAUUUGCACUCAGAUCAUAACUAUAGUUGAUCAAGAACAAAGUAAAGUCCUGUGGACUCCACUCGGCUGCCCCUAGAGGAGACUGGCUGCCACUACAGCAAGCUGCGGCUCUCAUCUCCAUUCCCCAAAACACUAAUUAACCCUUUCACACUAUACCAAUAGGUACACUACAGUGAGCUAGUUGUGUAAAUUAUUGAUAUUUUUUAUUUUGUCUUUGUUAUGAUUUAUAAUCAGAGCCUCCUUUUAUUUCUGAUGUACUCCGGAGCAGGUUAGUAGCACUGGAUAUUGACGUUAAAGUUCAUUGAGUCUUCCCUAAGGGUUUCUGGUGGUGUGUUUGUAAUGCUGCAUUGUAAGCGUCCGUUUACAGUCAAAAGACAAGUCUGACUAUCGGUGUUCAAUAUUUGCUUGAAUGCGUGUCCCUCCUCCCAUGUACACAAACCUCAACACUAAUGAAGUUCAGCCACCCCCGACCCGGCCGUGUACCAAAUGACAUUUGUGGUUUCCCCUACAAUUAUGCACCCAUUUGAUGAUGACUGACAACUAAUUGUAUUUUUUUUCGUGUGUGCGUGUGUGUGAGCGAGAGUGAGAAAACAACACUGAGACUGUUGUUCACAAUUGUAAUGACAAUUUCAACUGAGCUGAAUCACAGUUGUUUAGCGUGGAUCGGGAUGCUAUAGAAAUGGAAUGCCGGGAUCAGACAUCACAUUCCUCGUGGUGUUUCAUCGCAGAAGCGCGAAAAACAGCAUCAAAACCUCUUGAAGUAUGUAGCUGUGGUUUCAACUGAACCCGACUGCCAGCAGUGACGGCCAUGAAAACUCAAAACACAUCGAUGUUUGCUCUAUGCAUUAUGUUUCUGUAGUAGCCGGACUUGUUGGACAGUUCAAUGGGCCUUUCGGAAGUGCCUUCGGAGAAGAAGCCUGAUCUGAAACCAGCCCUUGAUCACUUAGCCAGGAGGAUUUUCGAAGGUUUUUUUUUUCUUUUCUUCCGGAUCCGACGUAUAUCAUUUCACCCGUCGUGGACUAGAUGAUUUAGGGGCCGAUUUGAGACCAGCACAGAGCAAGAGCGCAUGACAAUGGUGAGGUUCGGAUGGGCGGGCCGAAGUGGCGGCCAACGGGUUAACUCCUCAGAAUGCACUCCAGGGCUAGACAGACCACUGUGUAACUAUCAUUCUAUCUCUUUAACAUAUAUUUAACAACAAUAUAGAGUAUACCAUAUACAGUAUGCAGAUACAUCAGAAAAAAAAACAAAUAUAUAUAUAUAAAUAUAUAUUACAUGUAUUUUCACUAGGUCAUAUACCUAGGAACGUCUGACGGUCAAGUCAUGUCUUAGCAGGUAUUAGCAUGUUUUUUAAAAAGAAUUUAUUUUUGUUUUGUUCUUUUCCGUGGUUGGUUGUCAGUCACUUAUCGAUGUACUCGUUAAAAGAGACACUAUGAAGCAAAGUUCGCAGGGUAAUAUCUUUAAAAGGAUUUUCCUCUGAUCCAUUUAAAUGUUAGUGACUUUUCAUUGUUAUUUAAGUGUAUUUUUUAUUCAGGAGGCAAAAAAUAUUGACAAAAAUAUUCUGCCCUUCCUCGAAAAAAAAAAAAAAAAAAACCAUAUCCUGUAUCUAAUUGUGCCAAAAUCCACUAAGGCAACUUUAUCCUUUUUAUUUCUGUUUUGCACUUGUUUAUCUGUGAACCUUAAAACACGUAACUGUUCCUAGGUUUCCAGCAGACUCUGAAUAGGUACUAUAUAGUUUCUACUGUAACUAAUUCACAUUUUUUUAUGCAUCACAUCAGUUCCUUACAUUUCAUUGAUGGCCUUUUAUUCUUAAUUAGAAAAAAAGGAUCACUUCUUAUUUGAAUUAUUAAAAGAAAAAAGAAGAAAAAAAGGGAUCUAUUCUUGCACAGUUUUUCAAAUGAAAAUUGGUCCACAAGUUUGACUAUUGGGCUAAAAGAAUAAACAGAAGCAAAGUGUAAUGUUACUAUUUUUCUGCGUAGAUAGAUUAUGUUAGAGAGCGGGAUGCAACGAGACAUGGUUGCAUCUGUAGAGAAAGUCUUUAAAGAGUCUAGAUGCCAGGUACUGAUUGAACUUUUCUUUUAUUAAAAAGAAUGUGAUUUGUAUGUUGAGACAUUAACAUGAGAAUAAAAGUCAUUUUCUGUAUCACGACAUG